CGAGUAACUGUCUGCACUUCAAGAAUGUUGCUCCGGUGAACCACGAAAUGCCUGCCAAAAUGAAAAGUGGGCGAUCGGAAUGGCACGAGUGUCUCAAGUGCAAACGUGUUGUUAGCACAAAAGACACAACUAAACAUGUCGUUUGGUGCACGAGUAACCGUUUUGAGGACUCGAUUGAUCAUGGAUUUAUUUCAGAUGGAAUAUUGCACGGAGUUGUCUCCCCAUUGACAGCACCACUUGAAUUGAAGAGCUCUCUGAAGAAUGAUGUUGUGGCAGUUCACCCCUCUACUAUGAGGCUGUUAGGUCUGUGUGUAGGCCAGCCAGCUGUGGUGCAUGGUGAUUAUGUGAGAGUGUUAUGGCCGUGUGCCUCACUGCACCCAGCCUCUCUCGGACUUCCCCAGAGUCUUAUGCUUCAGGUCGGGGUACAGCCUGAAUCUCUGGUCAGUGUCCAGGCGUUGAACAAACAUGUGGCUGAUGCAGCUGAGGUGCAAAUCAUGAUCAGGGAAGAAAUGGAGACUGCAGACAGAGCUGAACUGUUGGGCUACUUUCAACACAAGCUGAGUGGACAGAUUAUUUGUGACAGAACCCUGAUCAACAUGUCUUAUUACGGACAGCAGAUUGAGUUGAUGGUGGGUCACGUGACUGCAGUUUCGAGAGACAAGAAAACGUUUACAUGCAAAUCAGCAUAUGAGGCAGUGGGAGACAACCCCUGCACUUCUCCAGAACAGAGCUUGGCCAGUGAUUUGGAAACACUAAAGAUUUCUGAGAACCUGAAUUCUCCUGAGUUUCAAGCAGUUGAAGGAAUUACCUCACCAGAUCAAGACAGUUUCAGGACUCCUGGUGUGUUGAGGAGUCAAAGUACUUUUCAUAAGGCAUUUUAUAAACUACUUCCAACAACUGUGUACAAAUGGCAAGAGGAUGAGUGUUCACCUGAAGAUGUCAAGCCGGGGGUGAACAAAGUCAACUUUGGCAGUAUUGGGGGGUUGUCCAAACAAAUCGAAAGCAUUCGGGAAAUGAUUGAAUUACCAAUAAAAUGCCCCCAGUUGUUUAAAUCUUAUGGGUUACCCCAGCCGAAAGGCCUCCUGCUAUUUGGAUCCCCAGGGACAGGGAAGAGUCUGCUAGCCCAUGCUGUGGCCAGUGAGAUCCAGGCUCACGUCAUCAUGGUCAGUGGACCAGAGCUUUGGAGCAAGUUUUAUGGUGAGACAGAAGCCAAGCUGAGAGGGGUGUUCAAGUCUGCUAAGGACAGAUCCCCUAGUCUGAUUGUGAUAGAUGAGGUAGAUGCUUUAUGUGGUAGGAGAGACACCUCACAUAAUGAAGUGGAGAAGAGAGUGGUAGCUACACUGCUGACUCUGAUGGAUGGGAUAGAUAAUACAAGAAGCCAAUCGUUCACCCUCGUCUUGGCAGUGACCAAUCGGCCAGACUCGUUAGACCCAGCUCUCCGUAGACCGGGCCGUUUUGACCGGGAGGUUGAGAUAGGGAUACCUACAGCCGCAGAAAGGUUGGACAUUUUGACCAAACAGUUAGAACUCAUACCAAACAGUCUGAGUGAUGCUGACAUCAAGUCUCUAAGUGAACGUGCUCAUGGCUUUGUAGGGGCUGAUUUAGCAGCUGUCUGUAAGGAAGGUUCUCUUCAUGCUGUGAAGCAGCGAUUGACUGAAGGUCUAGCCCUGACCAGUGUCCAGGUCACUGUAGAGGACUUACACCAUGCCAUGACAGUUGUCAAGCCCAGUGCUAUGAGGGAGGUCCAACUAGAUGUAGCAAAGAUCAGCUGGGAUGAUAUUGGGGGUCAGGAAGAGGUCAAGCUGAAACUGAAACAAGCUAUAGAGUGGCCUUUGAAGCAUCCUGAGGCUUUCAGCAGGCUGGGCAUCAGUCCGCCCCGAGGGGUUCUCAUGUAUGGCCCACCUGGCUGCUCCAAGACCAUGAUAGCCAAGGCACUGGCCACAGAGAGUGGGCUCAACUUUAUAGCUGUUAAGGGCCCAGAGCUGUUCAGCAAGUGGGUAGGGGAGUCUGAGAGAGCUGUCAGAGAGGUCUUCAGAAAAGCUCGAAAUGCUGCGCCAUCCAUUGUCUUCUUUGAUGAAAUUGAUGCCUUGGCAAUAGAAAGAGGAAGUUCCUCAGGUGGCAGUAAUGUGGGGGAGAGAGUAUUAGCUCAGCUGCUGACAGAGAUGGAUGGAGUAGAGGUAAUUCAAGACGUCACAGUUGUUGCUGCCACCAAUAGGCCUGACAUGAUUGACAAGGCCUUGCUCAGACCAGGACGACUGGACAGAAUUCUGUACGUGCCUUUACCUGACAAAGACACGAGGAGAGCCAUCUUUAGCAUACUGUUCAGGAAAAUGCCUGUGGCUGAGGAUGUCUGUGUGGAGGAUCUGGUCAGCCAGACUGAGCGGUACUCGGGGGCUGAGGUGACUGCAGUUUGCCAUGAGGCGGCCAUGUUUGCUCUUCAGGAAGACAUUCACAGUUCUGUGAUCAAAGCUGAACAUUUCAUAAAAUCCUUGGAGACGGUCAAACCUCGUAUUAGUGAGGAAAUGAUCCAGUUUUACAGGACUUACCAUCAGAACGCAGGAAUAAAAGCUGUGUGAAAACAGAGAACUCCUGUUGCACUGGAACAUGGCUGCAGUAUCUUGGAUACAAGAUGGACCAAUAAGAAAAGACCGUUCUGAACUGUCGAUCAAGAACACGCAGUUGACCAGUCAUAAGCUGUAUUGUUGCAAACAGGUCAACCGGAUGUCCC